AUGAGUUCGCAGCGGAACGAAAAAGGGAUAUCAUUAAUUCUUCAUCGAAAACAAAAUUCCAAAUCAUAUUCAGAAUUCACUUGCGAAACAUCUCCUACAAGUCCUAAACCUACUUAUAACUUCUUAUCACAUAAAGGACCAAUUGUUGAUUAUGUUAGAUGGCAAGAUGUUAUCGAGACAUCAAUUGAAGCCACGGAAUUGUUUUCAAAAAUGCAACAUGAAAUUAUUUUAAAAAUCUUGAAAGAAUUAGAUAUUACUGAUAUUUUGGCUUUUUGUAUGGUAAAUAGAAGAUGUAGAUUACACACUCAAGAUCCCUAUUUUUGGUAUCAUAUCUUAAAGCGCGAUUGGAAAGACUGGAUAGGAUUCGAAAAAGUUUUAAAGCGUUACAAUAUAGAUCCAGAAUUAACUGGGAAAUUCAAAUCUAUUGAGGACGAUACUUUGAAUUUAAAACGAGCUUAUAUGAUAUUAGCAACUUUUAAAUACCCAAUGUCGGAGAGACGUGAUGAAUCAACGGAUGGCGCGGGAAGUUGGUGGGACAAUGAAGAAUUUAAACUAAUACCAUCUAAAGAAAGUGAAUUUGGAAGUAUUAUAAAACAAAGGACUAAGUUAUUUCAGCUUCAAGUUUGUAUCAAAUAUCCAUCGCGAGGAUGGUAUGACGUUGUGUGGAGACUGAAAAUUGAUAAAUUAAAUGGAGAACCUGAAUUUGGAUUUUAUACUACCGUAGACACGAUGGACUUCAAAGACCAGAGAACUUCUACGCAAGUUUAUAAGUAUGUAGCUCAAAAAUCCGAUUUCACUCGGGUUAUUGGCAAAGGAUGGUUUUGUUUCAUCCUUCCUUACCCUAUCCUUAUCGAACCUUACAAAUCCGUACGCAACCUUAAAGACAUGAGUUUACGUAAAACCACCAAUUGUUUAUUUGAAUUAACCACUUUUAAUAAGAAUGCUCGAUGGGGACAUUCCUCAGAUAAUGGAUUUACGAUCGACUAUGUAGCGUUAAGACCACAUGUUCAUUAUGACAUUCCUCGCGGAAAUCGGAAUAGUUCUGGAAGCACUAGUUCUUCAAGAAGUAGUGAUAGCGCGAAACAUCUCUCGAGGGGUAGUAAGCUGAUACAUCAUAGUGCAAGUCAGCUGCUGGACUCUAUCAGGAAUUCAAGGCUAUUCGAUUAA